AUAAAGGCCUCGUUCCCCCACGUCAACCGUAUCCCUCCUUCGGUGUUGUUUUACUCGAGUUUCGCUUCCUCGAGAUAUUUUUCUUUUUUCUUUCCCUAUAGUCGGUGACAUUCACAUCGAUUCGGUUUUUAUUUCUUGAAUUUGUUUGUUUUUUUUUUUUGCUUUGUUUGGACAAUAGUUUCCUUCGCUACUUCUUCCUUAGUUGGUUCUGCAUUGACCUCUAUCUCGUCUGACCGACUGUAUCAUUGACUACUUAGGUAUUUUGCGAGCUUGUAGAUUUAAAUCUGCAUUCGCGCUAUUUUUUCUUCCGUUUUCCCCUUACUUCCUUUUUGAAGCGUUGUUUCCCUUUAUUUUACGUGAUUCCCCUUAUUUAAACGCUACAUAUUUGGAAAUAUAUGUCGAUUAGUUCUUUUUGAAUUGACUCAGCUUUCUUUGUAAUAGUAUUUUUUGUCCCUCGCACCUUGUUUCUCUAUAACUGAUCUAACAUUCUUUCGAAGGUCGACGGAAGCGACGAAUCUUGAUUUUGAUCACCUCGUUUUUAAAAUACUUUUAUCUAGGUAUUUAUCUCAGUUCAUUUGAGACAAUUUAUAAAAAAGCCGUACUGAAAUCGCUUAUCAAAAGUUAGUUUAUCCUUUCAAGUCUUGUUAAUUUCACCCGACAUUCGUUUUUUCAUUUACGUGUUUGUUUUCACUCUUUUCUAUCUCGUUUUCUUCUAUUCUUUGCAUUUCUUUUCCAGUGACGAAGUUGCUUGGUUUUACCAUAUCGUCUUGUGUUCAGUCCAUUCUUUCUGUUUAACGUUUGGUUUUUUUUUCUCUGCAUUUAAUUUUCUACUCUAUUUUAUUCCUUUAUAUAUUCAGCCUAAACCGCCUGUUUAUAUUGAAAGAUUGUUUUGCUAUAUAUUCUUGUAACAUUAACACUGUUUUCUUGAGUUAUAAAAAAAACAAUGGACUACAUUUUCCUUUGGACGGGCAGGAAGUUCCGUCACCUUGACAUUAAUGCAGACAUAAGCAAGGUUCAAUCCAGGAAAGCAUCUUCUCCGCAAGACCAAGAACCUACUCAUCAGCAGCAUGAAAAAGUUGAGCCUCAGGCCCACUCCAGUGAUGAAGAUGAUGGUUUUACCUCCUCUCACAGUAAAUCUUACCAAGAGGAAUCAGAUUCUACAGAGUAUCAAGUUGCUUGGGCCGGCGUAGACGAUCCGUUGAACCCAAAAAAUUGGCCCAUGUGGAAAAAAAUUCUUACAAUAAGUAUCGCUUCCUUCAUUGCCAUUGUAAUUACUGCUAAUUCGAGUAUUUUCUCUGCUGGUGGUGGUGUCGCCGCAAAACAGUUUCACACAGGUGCUGCAGUCGGUGAUUUGUGUUCAGCUGUAUUUUUAUUGGGUUUCGCUUGUGGUUCUGUCAUUUUUGCUCCUCUUUCUGAGGUUUAUGGACGACUUCCUAUUUAUUCUUGUACGCUCAUCAUCUUUACCCUCUUUCAGAUUGGAGGUGGCCUUUCCAAAAAUAUUUGGAGUUUGGUCAUUUUCCGCUUUAUCCAUGGCUUCUUUGCUUGUACGCCUAUGUCUGCAUGUGGUGGUACCGUUAGCGAUCUCUUUUCGCCCGUUGAGCGUACUUCAGCGUUGCUCUUCUUUUGUGCUUGUGCCUUCGUUGGUCCUCUUACUGGACCUACCCUUGGUGGUUUUAUCACAGGUAGCAAGUUAGGCUGGAGAUGGGACUUUUGGAUCAAUAUGAUUUGGGCUGCCCUUACUUGGGUUAUCGUUAUCUUUGUGAUGCCCGAAAGUCAUGGUGCUACAAUUCUCGACUUUAAGGCUAGGUACCUUCGCAAGCAAACAAGCUGUAGUUUGUGGUAUAACGAACAUGAACGUCAACGUAGUGUUACCAAUGCCAUCCGUACUUCUUUGACGCGUGGUGUGAAGCUUUUAAGUACUGAACCAAUUGUUCAAGCCAUCUGUUUGUAUCUUGUAUUCAUUAACGUCCUACUCUAUAUGGUCAAUGUCGGUUAUCCUAUGAUAUUUGCACAAUACAAUUUCAAUUCCGGUGAAGAGGGUCUUGCCCUGCUUGGUGCUGAUGUUGGGGUUUUUGUUGGCUUUUGCUUUACUCCCUUAAUUCAUUGGCAUUACAAAAAACGCUUUCAUAUGAACAACGGUAAUGUUCGUCCUGAAGACCGUCUAUGGCCUCUAUUUUUCGGUUCUUUCUUCAUUCCAAUUGCUUUGUUUUGGUUAGCGUGGACUUGUUACCCAUCGGUUCAUUGGGCAGCCCCCUUAGUAAGUGGUGUCUUUUUGGGUUGGGGAUUUUUGUAUGUCUUGCAAGCUUGUUAUUCUUAUCUUGUCGAUUGUUACCAUGAGCUGGCGGCUAGUGCAUUGGCAGUUGGUACCACUACGCGUUACGCUGCUGGUGGUGGUAUGACUGUUGUUGCUCGUCCUAUGUACAACAAUUUAAACUAUCACUGGGCUACAUCACUUCUAGCAUUUAUUGGUUGUGGUCUUAUUCCCAUUCCUUUCCUCUUCUAUUUCUUUGGUAAAAGAAUUCGUCAAAGAAGUGCUCAUGCUUACAAGGGUGGUUAAACUAAAAAGAACACUGGGUGUUCUAAGUGUAUUAUAGUUCCUGCAUUCCAUGUAAAGGUUGUUUUUUAUGUUUUCUCUGUCAAAAGUUAGCAAGGUCUUCGGAGUUUUCGACUGGUUUGAAGAGGUCGAAGUAUCAUUGUUGAGUUUCUCAGAGAACAAAUUUGAGUUUUAUACCCAUAAAAUUGGGCUGUGUGUUUAUAAAUUGAGGAUGAGACGGGAUCAUCAUCCUAUUGUUUUAUAAUCUCUUUUAAUAUACUUUGAAAAGGUAUAUAACGGAGGUCCGUAUGUUAGGUGGUCCUCUCAUCAAAUUUGCUUUGGACUACGAUUAAUGAUUUCUACUGUCUUUUUUAAAGUUGAACGUAUGUUUAUGAACCUUGCAAGUUGUUAUAUAGUUACCAAAAAAAGAAUAAGCAUGUUGGGCUCUACGAAAUGCAAAAGAGCUAAACAUGAAUUUAUAAAAAUAAAAAUAUUUUCUUUGUAAUGUCUGAAGUAAAAAACAUUUUAUUCUAGACUUGUUAAGAGUUUUAUAUUAGUUUUUUAGAUUGCUUGAGAAAUUCAAUAUUAAGUAGUAAGUAGUGUUUUUAAACCGACAAAGGACGCAUGAAUCGAAUCGC